GGAAACUCUGAUCUGUCAGCCCAGCAGAGGGAAAGGGGGGAGAGGCGAGAGAGGAGAAAAAAAAAGCAGCUGGAAAGACAAUCUGCUUCAUCUGACUCGUCAUCAUUCCAGGAUAGUGGUCUCCUUGGGGCUCUCUCCUAACAUUGAUAUGGUACAGAAGAUUUAAAAUCAGCUGAUGUUCACAAGGAAUAGAGUCACGUGAUGUAUGAAGGCAAACACAUACACUUCUCUGAGGUUGACAAUAAGCCCUUGUGCUCCUAUAGCCCCAAACUGUGCAAGCAGAGGCGACUUAACGGCUACGCCUUCUGUAUCAGACACGUUCUGGAGGACAAGACUGCCCCCUUCAAGCAAUGUGAAUAUGUGGCCAAGUAUAACAGCCAACGCUGCACCAACCCUAUCCCCAAAUCUGAGGACCGUAGGUACUGCAACAGCCACCUACAGGUACUUGGCUUUAUACCUAAAAAGGAGAGGAAGAAAAAGAAUGAUCCAAUAGAGGAAGUGAAGGUCAGGCACCAGAUGGAUGCUAUGGCCUUCAGUCUGACCGUGCCCACACUGGCCUUGAAGAUGUCCAAUGGACUGGAUGGGAUGUCCCUCUCUCCACCAGGGGCUAGGCUUCCUCUCCACUACCUGGAAGCAGAACUAGAAGAUCCCUUUGCUUUCAAUGAGGAGGAGGAUGACUUAAAGAAAGGGGCAACAGUGAGGAAAAAGUUGCAGAGCAAGUUGGCCCAAAACCGGCAGCGCCAGAGAGAAACAGAGAUUUUAAAAGUUCACCAAGAGCACUUUAGCCCCCUUCCUGCACCUUUGCAGCAGCAGCCACUGCAGCAGCAGCAGCACUCCCAUCUGCCACCUUUAUCAACUUCUUUAAAGCCUACAGGGCUACCGCAGGGCUUAGUCUGCAAGUCACCUCAACCUCAGAACACCAGCCUACCAAUGCAGGGAGUGGCACCCACCACACACACUAUAGCACAAGCAAGGCAGAUGUCUAACAAGAGACCCCUGCCUCUCCUGCCACCCACCAGGGCUCCUGUCAUGGACCCACCAAGGACUGAUCGGGUCCUCAUGAAAGCCACAGCCUUCUCUCCUCACUCAUCCUGCAUGAGCCGGCUACAGAGACUGGUGAAACUGUGCACUCGAAAACAGCAGCUGGAAACUGAUCUGUUUCCACAUUUAGGGCUGGACUGGUCUGAAGACAGUGGAGAAGAGUUGGAGGAUUCAGAGCAAACUUCACCAUACCAGGUUGCGUGGUCUAUACGGGAAACUCUCAGAUAUGAAAGACAUGAGUCAGAUGAUGAUGAUGCAGAUAGCAGGAGUUCCAGGGUGACCCAACUUUGCACUUACUUUCAGCAGAAAUAUAAGCACCUCUGCCGCCUGGAGCGGGCAGAAUCUCGUCAGAAGAAAUGCCGGCAUACGCUCCGGAAAGCUUUGCUGCAUGCGGCCAGCAGAGAGCCGGAAUGUGCUGGGCAACUGAUACAGGAACUCCGAAGAGCUACAUGCACUUGGACCAGCACAAGCCAAGCCAAGCAGAGAGAUGCAGAACCAACAACAUGUUGUGGAACUGUGAAGGGUGAACAGUGCACUAACAAGGCCCUUCCAUUCACCAGGCAUUGUUUUCAACAUAUCCUAUUGAACCAUUCUCAGCAGCUCUUCUCAAGUUGCACAGCCAAGUUUGCAGAUGGGCAGCAGUGUUCCGUGCCAGUUUUUGACAUUACACAUCAGACACCUCUGUGUGAAGAACAUGCCAAAAAAAUGGAUAAUUUCUUGAGAGGGGACAGCUCCCGUAAAGUUCAGCACCAGCAGCAGAGGAAACCCAGGAAAAAAACGAAGCCACCUGCACUUACCAAAAAACACAAGAAGAAAAGAAGGAGGGGACCACGUAGGCCCCAGAAACCUAUUCCUCCUGCAGUGCCCCAAGGGAACCUCAGCAUGCCCACCAGCAUCUCACUGCCAGUGGAGAUCUCCCACAUACGGAGCCCCUCCACGCCGGAGUUGAGUACAGAUGAGCUGCCCGAUGACAUCGCCAAUGAAAUCACAGACAUUCCACAUGACUUGGAAUUGAAUCAGGAGGACUUUUCUGAUGUCCUACCACGGCUGCCUGAUGACUUGCAAGAUUUUGAUUUCUUUGAAGGUAAAAAUGGAGACCUCCUUCCUACUACCGAAGAGGCGGAGGAACUGGAACGGGCUCUGCAGGCUGUAACUUCUCUUGAGUGCCUGAGUACCAUUGGAGUACUUACACAAACAGACGGUGUGCCAGUUCAGGAGCUAUCAGAUAGAGGGAUAGGGGUGUUCACCACAGGUGCUGGAGCUCCAGGAAUGCAGUCCUUGAGCAGAGAGGUUAACACGGACCUGGGGGAGCUGUUGAAUGGGCGUAUAGUACAUGAUAAUUUCUCCAGUCUGGAGCUGGAUGAGAACUUGCUCCGUUCUGCUACCUUGUCUAACCCACCUACGCCCCUGGCAGGGCAGAUCCAGGGGCAAUUCUCUGCCCCAGCCAACGUCGGCCUUACUUCUGCCACUCUGAUAAGCCAGAGUGGACUUGGGGAGAGAGCCUUCCCAGGACAGUUUCAUGGACUUCAUGAUGGCAGCCAUGCCUCCCAGAGGCCACACUCUGCCCAGCUGCUGAGCAAGGCAGAUGACCUAAUCACCUCACGACAGCAAUACAGCAGUGACCAUUCGCACUCCUCACCCCAUGGAAGCCAUUACGAUAGUGAGCAUGUGCCGUCUCCCUACAGCGACCAUAUCACAUCCCCCCAUGCCACAUCCUAUUCUGGUGAUAACUUGGCAGCUACCUUCUCAGCAGAGAUGCCCAUUAUGGCACAGCACUUGCUCCCACCGCAGCUGGAGGUGCCACUUAGCGGGGUGGUGAACCCCAGAACUCACUGGGGAAAUCUCCCUGUCAAUCUUGGCGACCCCUCUCCGUUUAGCAACCUUCUUGGUGCCGAUGGACACCUUCUUUCCACCUCCCUGUCCACACCACCUACCACCUCGCACUCAGAGACCACACAGCCUGCCUUCGCCACUGUGACCCCCAACAGCUCCAGUGUGCUUCCGGGGUUACCGCAGACCAGUUUUAGUGGCAUGGGUCCUGCCUCUGCUGAACUAAUGGCCUCCACUUCCCCCAAACAGCAACUCCCUCAGUUCAGCGCAGCCUUUGGCCAUCAGCUGAGCUCCCACAGUGGCAUUCCUAAGGACCUGCAGCCCAGCCACAGUUCCAUAGCUCCUCCCACAGGCUUCACAGUAACAGGUGCCACAGCUACGAGUACCAAUAAUGCAUCUGCUCCCUUCACCACCUCUGACUGAGCUGAUUGGUCUGUAUUUGCAGGCAGAUGGGGACCCUGUGUUUUCUAUCUUCUUUUCCCUUUUUAUUGUCCUCCCCUUCCUCGGAAGAGGAUGUUUUGUUUUGUUUUGUUUUUUUUAAAAAGAGGGGGUUAAAAAUAAACCUCCUGCUUCCGUACAGACCAGGGUGGCCCCUCCGUGAACCUUGCUCUAGUGUUCACAUGUGCUGUUUAUGCACUGGUGCUCAUUUAUUACUGGCAGGUUCACCAUACCCCAAAAAUGUCCUUAAGGAUACAGCACAGUUACUGGAUGUAGUUGACCUUAGCAGUAAGACCUAGAAAUGGGACGAUACCUCAAAUUACCAAUGCACGUUACUGUUUCCUAGGGUUCAGAUCAGUGCUUUCCAUCCCAUUAGCAUGUCACGUAGGAAGUUUUUAUAGUGGGGGAAAAGUCUCUUGGUUUAAAAAAAAAUAAAUAAAAAAGGUAGCAUCUGGGCAUGGAAAGUUGGCUCCACACUUGGGUUUGGUAAUGGUUCACCGAAGCACUCAAGACCAUGGUUCAAUUAUUCAUUUGACUACUCCUUAAAAAUAGUCUUUUGACCUCCUCUGUGGGCGUGUGUGUGUUUGGGGGAGCAGCAGUUCCUUGUCAUCUGCUGCUGAGACAACAGUAAUUGUGUCCCCUUCUGAAAUGGGUCACUGUUCCUACUGAAUGUUGAUUUAUUUUCAUUAUUUUAGGUUCAUUGAGCAGAGAGGCAAUGACUAGGGCAAAUAGGUUUUACCUGUUUGCCCAGGGCGCUGAGGGUUGUUGCUGUUUCAAAGGUUAGCCCAGGGAGAAAAGACAAGAAAAUAGAAAGAUUGGAAUAAAUAAUGGUCUAGUCAAGACUCAUGCAGAAAUUCCCACCAGUGCUGAAUUACUGUGGCGUUGUAGUGUUGAUGAUUUGCUUUGUGGCUUUGUCCAGAACUCUGCAUAGAAGGUGUUUCGUAGCUGAAACUGGAAGAAUUCUAUUGGUAUGUAUCCGUACGUUACCCAUUCAAACAAAUCUACGUUAGGCCCCUUUGGUAAUUUUAAAAUUACUGAACUUCUCAAACUAUCUGUUGCUGCUGAGACUCUUUCUAUAAUAGUUGUGAUUUUGUACCAGGAGCCAUAUGGUUUUUGAGACACUUGUGAGACUGAUGCUCUGGAUGUGAAGUUGAAUGUAUGUGGGAACCAGCGGGUACAUAUUUGUGGUUACCACUAACCAAAACCAAACUUACUUAAGCAAAAUAGGGAAAUUCCUUCUAUCCACAACACCUUGUUGCUUUUAUUGCCUGUUUGCUGAAAAUGGUUUUAAGUCUCCUUGGUCAUAAUGUCAGCUCCUUAUAAAGGCAGUGGAUUCCUCUUAUAUCUGUUUCUUCCCUAAAGGAGAAUAACAAAAUCACAAGGAGUUUGCUUGAAUUAUUUAAUCUCCCUGUUCUCCCUUCCCUCCCUGUCCCAAAAAAGGGAAUGUGCUUGAGAAAAUUGUGACUUUAUAAGGCUCUAACUAGCCACUAUGUGAAAGUAAUUCCUACCUGAUGGCUAUAAAAAGUCUCCAUUGUUUGGUUUGCUUCUAAGAUGCAUAUGAGAGAAGAUGAAAAAGCAAAGCAAAUCUUUCUCUCCUCAUGUUGAAGGCAGUUUCAUUAUGAGGGUUAAUAAUUUCUUUGAGCAAGGGAUUAUUCAGCUGAGUUCAGUUAUUCCCUGGUAUGUGGAGAGUAAUGUAUCUUCCCUCAAUAUAUGUAUUCUGUUUAUGUGAGUGAUGAUGGGGCCCAAACCCUCUGCUCCCAGACUUCUGAGGGUAGGGAUUGAGAUCUGGAUCCAAACUUCUUGGGUGCAGCCCAUCUCGGGUGUAUAUCCCACUAGUUAUAGCCAUUCCCUUCUUUUUAAAAGCUUUGUCCUUUUUUAAUUAUAAAGGAAUAAGCCCUUUGGGUACAUCCCUUGCUGAAAUUACAAGCAUAUGUGGGUGGAGGGGGAAACAUUUAUUUUCAGGUUUUUGAUAUUGGGAAAUCCUUAUUCCCAAACUUGGUAAAACAGGGCUUAAUAUUCUAAUAAAUCCCAGUGUUCUUAAGUGUGGUCUAAAUUUGUCUGUAACUGAUUUAAACGUUUUCAAAUCGUGUCAUAAAUUGAAAUGAGGCUUAACAAAACCUCACUAUAUUGUCCCACUGAUUGAGGAAUGCCCACUGAUAUUGUGAAAUGAGGAAGAGCUGAUAGGGCUUUAUAUAUUCUGUUCUCUUCCCUUCCCCCAUGUUUGUGAGGAGACAAAUGUUUGAUUUGCAUUAUUUUCCAUUGUGUUAAUAUACCUUCUUUAGUGUAUUGAGAUGAUUGAUUGAAAAAGAAGGGUGAACUAGUUUGCCAAAUGGGUAAAUGAUCAAUUGUUAAAUCUGCCAGUAUUAAAUGUCAUGUGACUGUAUGUUCUACAGAUUAGUUUGAGGAUUUUGAUUAUUGAAAUAUUUCUCGUGCUCAUCAAAAUUUGUAAUGGAACAGCAGCCUGUUCUCAUCUUCCCACACGUUCAUCACUUCCCUUUACCUACCAGUAGAGAAAACGCUUGGGCCCAAUUUCUGUUCUCAGUUACAGCCGUGUAAAUCAUGAAGUAAUUCUCUUAGCCAGAUGAGUUACUAUGGAUUUACACCGAUGUAACUCAGAACAGAAUCUGGCUCUUAAUCUGAUCAUUUAUUUAGGCUGGGAUUUUCCAAGAUGCCCAAGAGAAUGUAGGUGCAUAAUUCCCAUUUGAAAUCAGAUUCCCAUAAGGCAACUUCAGAAGUCUCACCCUUUAGAUCUCAGCUUUAUGGAUCUGUGGGGGAUUUUUUGUAAACAUUGGCUGCAUAACAUUUUUCAUGAGAAGAUUGAGUUUGCAAAAACUGCACUACUUUAAAAAAGUUUUCUAUUUGACAUGCAUUAGAAAAGGAAUCCCUAUCUACUUUCCAGUACAGAGCUUUGAAAUGGUCCAGAUUGUUGCCAGAUGCAGGUUCACCUCAUCUAAUGGAAGUAUAACUAAUUUAAUGAAGUUGCAUCCUAGUAAGUAGUUCUGAUUUUAGGUCCUAAAUCUGCAGUGAGCCCCACGCAGGUGGAUCCCUAUACCCACACAAAGCCCACUGACUUCACCUGCAUAGAGAUCAGUGCAGGAUCAGCACCAUAGUGUUGUGGGAAGAGUAGUGGAGCCAAGGACAAGGGGUUAUGCAGCCAGACACUUGGCUUCUCUCCCGCCAGGAAAUACGUUUGCUCCAUAUGGGAUUUGUCUUGGUUCUUACGGCUGCCAUUGAUACGGUUCUCAUUCAUCCUGCCUUGAAAAGGGUGCAUCUCCUGUAAUACAGCAAUUAGCACUAAUUACCCUUUCACCAAAGAGUCAGUGUAGCAAUUCCAAUCCAUUUGUUGAAAUGAUCAGUAUCCGCUGUGCUACUUAUACAUGAAAUGAAUAGAAUAAACCUAGUUUAGUAACUAAAAAUUAUGUUCUUUCUAUAAAUUUGGGGUUUUAAAGAAUUAGAAGGCAUUUGACAGAGAAGUUUAGAAGCAAUAAUGUCCGUUUGGGUAGUAAUGUCAGGUGAUUUUUAGCACAGAGGCCUAAGAAUUGGCGGAGAUUACACUCUUGACAAAGAUUAGCUUUGCUUGGACAGUUUAUGGAGGCCAAUGAGGGACAGCAUGAUACUGGCCUGGUUUAUAAAGCAGUUACACUUAAUAUAUAUAUUCCAUAUUGUGAGAAUUUCCCUUGACCAUUCAGUUUUAGUCAAAUUUAACACUGGUGCAAGCGGACUCAGCUCCCAUUGGCUGUUUAAUGGGAAAGGAAGGGUGAAAUGAAAGGCUGGUCCAUUGGCUCUACUAAUUGCUAUAUUAUGAGAAGCACCUUUGAAUAUCAUCCACCUUUCGUUUGGUCAAGACGUUUGUUUGUUUCCUUGCCUCUGCUGAUUGCCCUUAUGUAUUUGCACAUCUUAACAAUGAACAUUUGUUCAAAAAUAACUUACUGCAGUUCUGCUUAACCUACUGAGUGCCAGACUAUGCAAUAGAAGGACUUUCCAGUUUCAUGUCAUAGGUUAGUGAAACAAAGGACUGUUUUCUUGAGCAAUUUAAGGUUCUCAUUUGGUAAGCAUUUCUAGGGUCCCUCCUUGAGAAGCUUGUAAUCUGCCAGCAAACAUUGGAGAUGAGAUUGCAAGCGCAAAUGCAAGAGAAAUAUUUUUGCUGUCAGGAAUGUGUGUUUGUUCUUCAGUGGGAGUGGGCAGAGGAAGCUAACUUUUAAAAAAAUAGUAGCUUCAUUGAAAGCUAUAUUCUUGACUUCAUGAAUUGCUUUCAUUGGCGAUCAUGAUCCUAACAUUUAGACAUUGAGAGGUCAGAUUCUCAGCUGGUGUAAAUAAGCAUGGCUGUAUCAGCUUCAUUGAAGCUGUGCUAAUUUACCAGAGCUCAAGCUCUGGCUGCGAGAGUCUCACCAGGAACACAGAACAGAAUUGAGUUUGUUAAAGCUUUCUCUGACCGCUGAAUUACCCUGUUGGAAAACUAAGUUCACCAAGUAAGAGGAAAAUGAGUCCUUGGAGAGUAUGCCUUCACUUCAAAAUUAGCCCAGGCGUCCUAGUCUGGGCACCUGUGUUAGGCCUGGUCCACACUAACCCCCCACUUCGAACUAAGGUACGCAAAUUCAGCUACGUUAAUAACGUAGCUGAAUUCGAAGUACCUUAGUUCGAACUUACCGCGGGUCCAGACGCGGCAGGCAGGCUCCCCCCGUCGAUGCCGCGUACUCCUCUCGCCGAGCUGGAGUACCGGCGUCGGUGGCGAGCACUUCCAGGAUCGAUUCAGGAUCGAUUUAUGGUGUCUAGACAAGACGCGAUAAAUCGAUCCCAGAAGAUCGAUUGCUUACUGCCGGACCCGGAGGUAAGUGUAGACCUACCCUUAGUGUAGACCGGGUGUGAGCAGACAGACAAGUGAAGACAUACACUGAGAUGGGUGGGUGUGUCUAGCUUAAUUUUCCUCUUCAGCAGUUGCUUUUAUCAAAGGGCUUGUUUCUCUUCUUGCCAGUGAAGGAGCCUUUAACGCAGCCCCAAGGCAAACUGAAAUAGCCCAGAUCAGAUGUGGACCCAGAAUUCCAAGCCCCAUGUUGGUGGAAGCAUAUUUAACUGAAAGAAUAGAUUCAAGUUGCUGUGCCCUCAGAACCUUCUCAUAAGGCCCUUUGACUUAGGCUGGGAGCGGACGAGUCGUCUGGGCUGUUCCUCUUGCCUCCUUACAUUUCAUCCCCUCUUUCCCACUCUCUUCGCCAUCUUUUUUCACGCUCCUCCACCACCCCGGCACAAAAAUUGCCAAUCCUUUAAAAUCCUGUAUGAUUGAUAAAGAGCAAAUACUCCGAUUGUUUAAAAAAAGGAUUAGGAGAGGUUCCUGCAAGUCAUAAUAUAAGUUUGGAAGCCAGAGCUACAGUGCAAUAGAAUAUUGAGUAAGAAUUCACAGAAUAUGGCGUAAAAUGAAAAUACCAUGUGGUAUCACAUGGCAUUACCAGUACAUUGUGAGCUAGGUGCUGAGACUAUAACUGUAGUCGCAACUGAGAGAGAGAGCUCUGUAUGUCAGGAACAUUACUUGGAAUCUUUUUCUUCCCAUAAGUUCCUUUUAUUUUAAAGGAAGUUGCCAGUAGAAAAUUACCUGGAAAAACUUAUGGAAUUAGCCUUAUCUAAAAAACAAAGUUGAUAAAAUACCCUCAAGAAGAACCCCACUAAAAUACGAUUAUGACAAUGGGAAAACAAAAUUCAGAUUCAUUAGGAUUUAACCCAGGUCUUUCAAAAUUAGUUCAGGAAGGACUUUGGCUCUAUCAGAAGGUAAAAAACAGUAGUAAAAUAUACUGUUUGUGUGAACUAACAGAGGUUGGGGUAGAAAAAAGCUACUCAUUAACAGAAGAAAGCAAACUGCAACCACAUAUCAAAAGGCAAUUCUGUGAUCACUGAUGGUUGGGUCUAUAUGGGAAAAAUGACUGGAUCCUUAGGAGUUUUUUCUAAGAAAGUCUGUAACUCUGUUGGCUGUGUCAUGAUUCAGUUACCUCUCUUGUUUUCCCCCCACCUUAUUGUGGUUUUUCAUGUGCUAGUUUUCCAAUUAUCCUGGAACAAGGAUAUGUAGUGGAAGCAUGAAAGAAGGAAACAGACUUUGAAUUGCAGUUUGGAGAUGGCAUUUGGAAGUUUUCCUGUUUUUUCUAGGUAGCCUGAAGUCUUGAGUCGGCACAUUUUUUUUUUUUUUUUUUGUCUUCCAUAGCUCAUAGAAUUCAAUUUGAAAACAAAUAGGAUAAAAAAAUAGGCUUUUGAGUCUUAAAACUGUAUAUAUUCAGUGUAGAAAAGUGCAUUCUUCAUUCCCCCUCCCCUCCCUGGUCCCCAAAACACACACACGACCACACACACACAAAUUGUAUGUGUGUAAAUUGGAUACAGAUGUUGAACUUGGUCUAGUAAAACUAACGUGUUUCCCACCUUCAGUCCCCACUGAAGUCAACUCUAGAUAGGUAAUGCUCCCAAAUCUCUCCUGCAAAACUUUAACUGUGAUGCAGAUGGCUCUAAUGCAGCUGACUGCUACACCAUUGCUUAUACUUCGGAGUAGACUGAUUUACCCUGAAAUGACUCUAACCUGCGUCUUAAAAAGUACAAUUGAUUCCAGUGGAAAUAGAUCCAUUCUGAAGUGAUGGACAGUUUGGUUCUCAUACAAAGUAUCUACAUCUAUUUAGAAGGGGUUGAACCAGUUUCUCUGGACAGUGAUUAUUUUCACUGUACAGUUUUGGGUAUGUCUCAGGGAUUCCUUGUGGAAAUAAGGGCAGUUAACAUAAAAAGUAAAUAGUUUUAAAAGUAAAUAAUAAUUUAAGGUAGAGCUUCAUCUAAAUAAGAGCGCAAGAAAGAGAAAUUUUGUUGAGUUUUGUAGUCCACGGUGUCUGGCUUAGGGACUUUUUCUCUUCUCGGGGUGCUCAUCUCAAAUUCAACAUACAGAAUCUUUUUCCAUCACGCUCAGCUUUAAACUUUUAUUUAAAGAUACCCUUCCCCCAAUGAGCUUUCAGAAUACUUAUUGUAGAUUUUAAGAGAAAAGGUAUAUUAAUUUAUGCUAUUAACAUCACCUCAUAAAUUAUAAGUUUUAUACUAAAGCUGUAUUGAGUGUAAUGAAUUAUGUUGCAUAUGUGUUUUUAAUAGCUAUAAAAUUAUAUACAAGCUUUUUUGGAAAAACAAAAACUAGUAAAGCACCUUUUUACACUGGGUCUUUGCCGUGUCAAGGUCUACAGCUAUUCUUUGCUACCUUGCAGAUAUAUAAAAAUAAAAUGGUAACCCACAUCAACAAAACAUAGAUCUCUUGUUAACCCGUCCCUAUAUUACUGCUUCUCUAACUUUUUCUCUUUUUUUUGGCUACAUUCUGCAAUAAUUUAUCUGUGGUUUGUACCAGUAAUGGUUAGAUGUUUAGUUACAGGGUAAAUAGAUCAAAUUAAAAAUCCAACUACUGAAGCUGGAAGUUGUGAACCAAGUUUGUAAGAACUUUUUUUUUUUUUUUAAUGUAUUUGUUUCCAGUUAUGCGAGUUGGAAUUUGACAAGACAGAACAUUAAAUCUCGGAAUCCACAGUGUCUUAUUCAGGAACUUUCCCCCCUCCUUUCCUUACAAAGGAAUUCCCACUGUGACUUAUAAAUAGAAUUAGACUGCUUGUGUGCAUGUAUGUAUUAUAUACACACACAAAAAUAUGCAUUUUAGGGGGGUUGUAUGUGUGAUAUGAAUGUGUAUACUGUACGUAGCUCAUAGUUUUUGUAAAGAGAAAAGUAGUUGAGAGGUGAUGGAAUGUACUUGUAGAAAUGUGAUUAUUUAGUAGGGGGUUACUCUGUCCUCACUAUUGUAAAAAUAACCAAACUCUCUCUGCUACAUAGUCUUCUGUUAUAAGGCUAACUCUGAUAUCAUGUUGAUUUUAUUCUUUUUAAUUGAAUUGUAUUGAGCCCUGUUAAAAUGUCACGAAAAUCCCAGGCUCCCAAGACAGCCUUAAAAAAGGGGGGUGAGUUGUAUUCUUAAAGAAAAUUUUGAAAUGAGAAGAUUUAUAUUUAGGGUGGUGAGAUAUAGGAAUUAAUGUCCAUUUUCAAGUUAAUACCAGAAUCUCCCAUACUCUGACUUGGAAUAUGUUGUCAAUCAGUCGUCCUUGUGUUUUCAGGUUAAAAAAUAUUGAGAUGGGUGAUUUUUGAACCAGUUUCCAUUCUCUUUAAAGGGUUUCAUUUUUAAAGUUAUCUGAUUUGUUUUCCUAAAGGGGUCUAUGUAUUUUAAUUGUAACCAAAACUUUGUUGCUGGGGACUUACAAAUGUAUACAAACAAAAUUUACUUCCAAUCCUGAGAGUUUCGUUUGUGCUGUGAAUUCUAAACUGAAUUAUGAGCAUUUUAAAUUUAUUCAUAAUUUGAGAGGGAAAUGAUGUAUCUGUAUGGGAGUUCUUACCUGAGAGACAUAGGAAACCCCAAACAUUCCUACUUAUUCUCCUUCUCAUCCUGAUAUCCAUCAUUCUACCAUCCAGGCUGGAGAGAGUAAAAUCCUAAAUGAUGCAUGUUCUGUUGCUGUUAGUUUGAAUCAUGAAAAUUCUGAAACUUUAAAAAUCUGUUUAUUAAAACAGAGCUUCCAGUAUUACAGAUACUUCUAAUUGGGGGUGGGGGGGGGACAACUUUUUUCCUUAAAAAAUAGUUGCAAAUCCAGACCUUUUUUAUGUUGUUGAACUAGGUUUUUUUUUACAUCCCCAGACUUUCAAAUAUGUUUAUAUGUAUUUUUUUAAAUGAUGCUAAUUCUUGUACAGACACCUAUAAAUGAAGGGCAGGGAGGUGGAAGUUGUCUGAGGCCUUUUCCUCCCAUUAGUUGAUCAUAAUGGGAGUUACCAGCAUAAACAAUUUUAUGCAUUUAUGGGGAAGAAUAGAGCCCUCUUGUGUAUACCUGUAUAGAGAGAGAGAUAUGAGAUCUGGGUAGCACUUUGCUGAACUUGGAAUUGCCCUCAUGAUGUACAGUACAUACAUAUGAAUGCACCAGAUCUAAAUCUAUAUAUACAUACAUGAAAUGUACAUACAUAUCUCAUACACACAAUACGUAUUAUGUGUGUGUGAGCGAGAUCCAGAUAUGUAUAAUAUCCACAAAAUGCCUGUUUAACAAUUAAGCAACUGUCACAAAUGAAGUUGUUAGUUCCAGUGAGGAAUUUGGAUGGCAUAAAUCGCUAUGACUUCAGUGUUGUAACUAUUGAUCUUGUUACCUGAACCCUCAAAAUGGAAUUUCCUGGUACAUUUUUGCUUAUGUUUAUACUAUAUUAAUGUUUUGUGAGGCCUCUUCCAAUACCCACCUCUUAUGCUGCUCUACACCAUUACCUUCAUCCCAACUAAUCUUCUACCCCAGCAUUUCAAAAUCAAACUUCCAUCAGCAGUCCGCUUUAGAGCCUGAUCCAGCUCUCAUUGUACUCAAUAGAAAGAUUCUGAUUGACUGCAGUGACAGCUGAAUCAGGCCCUGCGCGCGCGCACACACUGUUCUCCUGAUUGUUCAUGUAAAUCCAGAAUUUCAAUGUGACUGUGGUCAUUUUCUUUUGCGAUGUGAACUGAAAUACUUUUUGAAAACGAUAUACAAAGCUGUUCAGUGUCAAAGAAUGUUAAGUCAAAUGCAUGUUGAGUUAAAAAUUCAGAAUUGUAAUACAAAAUAGUGAAAAAUCAAGCCUCCCUUUUACCUGACAAAAGGAGAGUUCUACGUUCUGAAUCCACAGAUGCUUAAAGCAAUGCUGAGAAUGCAGCUUUGUUCUAGGCAUUGGUGAUUUCAUCAAAUGUCUCGAGAAAUGCGGAUCUCUAAAUUCAACCUUAGAGACUUCAAAAAAUAAAUCACAGUUACCCUUUAGGAUAUUUGAAUUAAUAUCUUCAGUCUACUCAUGUAUUAAAUGAUUUGGCUUUUUCAACGAGUUUUUUGUAUUUCUUGUUUUAAAACAGUAUUUUAGUUCACCUUUUAAAGCUAAAUCUGGAUUCAAUAACCUUUUAACAGAAAGUGACAGUUAAAAGUCUGCUCCUGGCUAACCAGUAUUUUAGUUUUUCCAAUUCUGUUUUCAAAUCUUAUUGCUUUCAAUAUUUUUAAUAUUUAUUUUGUCACAAUUCAGCUAUGGAAUUUUGUCUUACAGGCAAUUCCGUAGGAAAAUGUAACCUUAUGGUAAUGUUCCAUCUGCGCUUUCACAUGAAGACUUCUGUAAUACAUAUGUUGGGGCGUGUGUAUGGGUAUAUCUGUGUGCUGAGUGUGUGUGUGUGUGUGUGUGUGUGUAUAUAUAUAUAUAUAUAUAUAUAUAUAUAUAUAUAUACACACACAUAUAUUACACACAGUAUUUCAAUUUACAUAAACGUGGAGAACACAUUCGUGGGUUCCUGAUAUAUACUCAUGCAUAUGUGUAUUAAACAUGUAUAUAGAGUGUAGAUAUACUGCAUAUACACAUGUAUAUGUGUGAAUUUUGGUUGCCAAUUUUUUUUUACCUUUAGCAAAAUGCUGUCCCUUAUGGAAUACUUUCACUGAAACUGCAUUUAUAUAUAAUGAACGGAAAAUAAUCAUCAAAAUUUUAUUUAAAAAGGAGACUCUUAAUUAUCCAAAGUCAUUUGAAUAGUCUUUUAACUAGAAGGAGAUUGUUGUAAAAAAAAAAAAAAAACUAAGUCACUAGUUUUUAUGGUUUUUCUUUUUGGUUUUUCUGAAGCCAAGGCAUACGGUAAUUAGGGUUUUUUUCUUUCUGUUCAACUAAACGACUAAACACUCACAUUUUCCUUGAAAUGUUCCUCCUCCAGACUUUCUCAACACAAAUAUUUUUGCAUUGUUUGCCUCAUACGUUCAAUAAUAUUAAUUUCACUAAGGAGGCUUUAAGAUUCUCUCAUCUUUGCAGGAAAAAUGUCAAUUCAUUAUUAUAUCCAGUGUCGUAGCUGUAUUGGUCCCAGGAUAUUAGAGAGACAAGAUGGGUGAGGUAAUAUCCUUUAUUGGAGCAACUUCUGUUGGUGAGAGAAACAACUUUUGAAUUUACGCAAAACUCUUCUUCUAGGAAACUUACUCAGAGUGUCACCGCUGAAUACAAGGUGGAACAGAGAGUUUAGCCUAAGUAGUUUCAUAUUUCAAGGGGCCCUUCAAGGUGAAGUGGCCUAUUAAAACCCCUCCAGUCAUGGGGGGCGGGGAAGGGAGGAGAAGAAGGAGGGGGAAGUUAGUGGGUUAUAUAUUGUAGUAAUAAGCCACAAAUCUAGUGCUCUAUUCAGUCCAUGAUUUUUAUUGUCUAGAAAAAUUAUGUAUUUAAGCUUCCAGGCUCAUCAUUUGAAGGUGUUGUACAGGUUUCAUUGGAGGAUGAAGACUGAGAGAUCAGAUAUAGAGAGCGCUUUGUGAAAAGUUUCUGCUAACAAGUGAUAGUGUUUUUGUCUUUUAUCAGUUUUGUGUGUGAGUUCAUUCAAGAGCAUAGUGAUUGUCUCGUUUAAUGCCCCAAUAACAUCUAUGUAGGUGAAAUGAGACAAUCACUAUCCUCUUGAAUGAACUCACACAGAAAAAUAAAGACAAAAACAUCAUAUUACCUGUGGGUGAACACUUUGUGGGGAAAAAAAAGUGAUCACUGCAUAUCUCACCUCUCAGUACUCCUCCUCAAAGGAAACCUGCACAAGAUGAGUCUGGGAGUUUAAAUUCAUAACUGUGCUAGACACUAAAAAUCAUGGACUGAAUAGAGACAUUGGAGUUAUGGCAUUUAUAGAUUUACAAUAACCUAUAAUCAACUAACACCGCCCUUCAGCUUUCAUGGAAAGGUGUUAAUGGGCCACUUCACCUUGAAUGGUCCCUUAGAAUAUGUGUUAACUACUUAUGCUAAACAACCUGUUCCACCUUUUAUUUAGCUGUGAUACUCUGAGUACAUUUCCCAAACCUGAAGGAACUGUAAGCUCAAAAGCUUGUCCUCACCAACAGUUGGUCCAAUAAAAGAUAUUACCUCACCCACCUUGUCAGCUCAUUAUUAUUCUGUUACUCUUUUCAUUCCAUGUAGAGUGAAUUUCUCAUGAAGAUGCCUGGAAUCAAGCUUUUAAUUUAUUUAAUAUGAAAGGCCUUCAGCAGGAAGGAACUAUGUUUUUCAAAGAAUUUCUGCAGCUGUUUCUUCACCAUCAUGUACUUUUUUUCCCCAUCUCCAAACAGUAUGUCUGUGGACAGGUAGGGGAGAAAUGAAGGACACAAGUAAAAUAUUGUUAGAACAAUUAGCAGUAAAUAUCUUUAUCUAAAUUUACUGGAAAAGAAGGCGGCAAAUGGACAAUAUGAAAUGUUGAAAUGCUUCUGGCUGUCCUAAAGAAGUUGAUGUUUGUGUCAUUUUAAAAGGUCGUCUGAUUGCAGCUUGAUAUCAGAAACAGCCUUGUGACAAAGAGUCUCAUAGCAAUUGUUUGGUCACUAAAGUUUAAAAUGUAAACAAGUUGCAGUGGGAAGGCGAAGGUGAGGCAGUGCAUUCUGAAGCCAGUGAAUCACAGCUUGUAAACAUAACCGAUUUUGAAAUAACUGCACGGUAGCAAGGUCUAGCAGUCUCUACACCCCUCUGACUGUUCACACCCCCGACACACAAAUGUGUUUAACAUGCCAUACAUUGGGGGGGGUAAAUAACCUACAAUUAAAUACAUUAACUGCUUAAAGGGAACAUACAAACUUGCACUGCUGUAUCCUCUAUCGUGAUAUUAGCUAGAAGACUAGCUAAUAUGCAAAAAAAGCCCAGUCCAGUUUGCUUCUGCAGAUACAUUGCUUUUAAAGAAUGUGGUGGAUGGGGAUGCUUGAGAAGAAUAGUCAUUUCACAUACAGUCCCCAGCAUCAAUAGAAACGUACACUAAUGCUUUUAAGUGCUGGAGCACUUGAGGACAGCAUUCCAGGGGUGGGUAACCAGGUUGGUGUUUGUACUUUCCCUUUAAAUAGGAAGAGUUAGCUCACAUGUUCCUCAUUCUUCUCAAUGAAUGUACUGUAUUACCAUUUUAAAAAAAUCAAUGAAAUGAUAAUAGAUUGGUCUCCUUUUGUUAUCUGGUCCUUGUUUAAUUUGUUUAAGGGUUUUUGUAUACAAAAGUUUACAUUUUUAUGUAUAUUUUUCUUGUGUAAAAACUGAUGUAAUAUGUGUAUAAAACACUGUAUGUAUUAUCUGUAUAUAGUGUGACAAAAUGAUUUUCUUUCUUUCUUUUGGAUGUAUUAAUAAAUCUUGCUGUGAAGUA